CGGCCAGGCGCGUGCGUGUUUCCGGCUCCGCAGCGGAAGACUGAGGAGCGGAGCCGUUGGGUCGGACGCUGCCGUGAGGGGCAGGAGAGCGCGGGUCUCGAGUGCGGAGAUCGGGGCUUAGAUCGGAACCGGAGCGAUGGGCGGGGAGCAGGAAGAGGAGCGGUUCGACGGCAUGUUGCUGGCCAUGGCGCAGCAGCACGAGGGCGGCGUGCAGGAGCUUGUAAAUACUUUCUUCAGCUUCCUUCGACGCAAAACAGACUUUUUCAUUGGAGGAGAAGAGGGGAUGGCAGAGAAGCUCAUUACACAGACCUUUAACCACCACAACCAGUUGGCACAGAAGGCCCGGCGAGAGAAGCGAGCUCGGCAGGAGUCUGAGCGGCGGGAGAAGGCAGAGCGUGCAGCCAGGCUGGCCAAGGAAGCCAAGGCAGAGACCCCUGGGCCACAGAUCAAGGAGCUGACUGAUGAGGAGGCUGAGAGGCUGCAGCUAGAGAUUGACCAGAAAAAGGAUGCGGAGAAUCAUGAGGCCCAGCUCAAGAAUGGCAGCAUUGGCUCACCAGGAAAGCAGGAUGCUGAGGAAGAAGAGGAGGAGGAAGAUGAGAAGGACAAAGGAAAACUGAAGCCCAAUCUAGGCAAUGGAGCUGAUCUGCCCAAUUACCGCUGGACCCAGACCCUGUCUGAGCUGGAUCUGGCAGUGCCCUUCCCUGUCAACUUCCGGCUGAAGGGAAAGGAUGUGGUAGUGGAUAUCCAGCGGCGUCAUCUCCGGGUGGGGCUCAAGGGGCAGCCAGCAGUCAUUGAUGGGGAGCUGUACAAUGAGGUGAAGGUGGAGGAAAGCUCAUGGCUCAUUGAGGAUGGCAAGGUGGUGACGGUGCAUCUGGAGAAGAUUAAUAAGAUGGAGUGGUGGAGUCGCUUGGUGUCCAGUGACCCUGAGAUCAAUACAAAAAAGAUCAACCCUGAGAACUCUAAGCUAUCAGACCUGGACAGUGAGACACGCAGCAUGGUAGAAAAAAUGAUGUACGAUCAGAGACAGAAGUCCAUGGGGCUGCCCACCUCAGAUGAGCAGAAGAAACAGGAAAUUCUGAAGAAGUUCAUGGAUCAGCAUCCAGAGAUGGAUUUCUCCAAGGCCAAAUUCAACUAGCUCCCAAACUCUUGGGGCUGAGUCCCCAGCGAUCCAACUUCCUUUCCUAUCCUUCUUGGGACUUGGGAGCCUCAGGACUGGGCCAGGCACAGGACUGGGCCAGGCAUGUGGGUCCCAAGGUAUCAUGAGAGAAGGGCUGAGGCCUCCAGGGUCUUGUCCUCCCCAGUUGCUCUUCUGUUACACAUUAAAGCUAUUUACCCAGCUC